AUGGACAAUUUGAUCAGAAAAACUGUGAAAACCUCUCGAGGCUUUCUCUACACGUAUUAUACAUCUCAAUCAUCGAAUGGAAAGCCGACUGCGUUCCUUCUUCAUGGCUGGCCCGAUCACGCACCCUUGUGGGAGGAUCUCGCGACAAAUCAUAUAAUUCCAAAAGGCUAUGGAGUUAUUAUUCCCGACUGCUUGGGGUUUGGCGAUAGUUCCAAGCCCACCAGACCAGAGGACUUCCAUUCUGUUGGGUUGACCGGCGACUUGAGAGAUAUCCUGGAUGCCGAAAACGUCGAUCAAGUCGUUGUCAGUGGACAUGACUCGGGGGCAGGUCUCGCUCAUCGCUUCUACGCUUAUCAUCCCGAGCGCUGCUCUGGGCUGUUUAUUUUCAACGUUGCAGCGUCCCCACAACCUCAACGGCCUUUCAGCCUGGAGGAAUGGGCUUCAAUGUCGAUGGAAUCGAUGGGCUACUUCCCGGCGUGGUAUUGGUACCUCUUCUGCGAUCCUCUUCUUGGCCCUUCGCUUCUCAAUCAGCACGCCGAGUCGCUAUUUACGGCGUUACAUGCAGAACCAAAGGCUUGGAUGACAACACUCUGUGCUGAAGAUGGACUCAAAGCCUGGUUAAAGCAGGACAAAAAGGGCCCCGUACAGCAAUACGCCACUGAUGAGAUGCGACUGAGGUUCAUAAAACGCAUGACACGAGACGGUUUCGAGAGCCCGCUCUGUUAUUACCGCUCAAAACGAGAUGGCCGUUUCGAUGAGCAAGACUCCCGACUCCCAGCAGACCGAUACAAGAUAAAGGUGCCAUAUCUAUUCGUUGCAGGCACGCAGGAUGUUGUUUGUCGGCCUGAGGCAAUCGAAACCGUGGAAAAACUUGGACUAGUGCCUCAGUUGACGGUGAGACAGGUAGAUGCCGGCCAUUGGUGUAUGCUCGCAAAGCCAGACGAGGUUGGAAAGCUUGUUGUAGAAUGGUUAGACGAUACGUACAGAUGCUAG